CGUAGUGCUGAAUUGAAAACUUAUGGAAAGAGAAAAAGUCCUCGAUGUUAUUCCAUAAACAGGAUGAUACGACAUGAACAACAAAAGGAAUAUGAAUGGAAUUACUGAAAUGAAUUAAUACCCAUCCUGUCAGUCUCUCGUCAUCUUUUUUCAGGAACCGGGGCCAUGGCGGAGGCAGAGGAGACCCUGGGACAGGAGGACUGGAAGGGGAAGUGUUUCGUCCUAGAAGCCCUGCUCAUGAAGUUCCGGGUGCAGAUUGUCAAGAUCAGAGAGUUGACGGCAGACAAGAUUCAGCAGCUGGAGACGCAGGUGAUGGAGGCAGAGAAACGGGCCUUCAAAGCUCAACAGCAGGUGCAGUGGAUGGAGGAGCAGGUGAAGACUCCCGACGGUCAGUCAGGUGAUUCUGAGGUACGGUUGUUCAGACGAUGCCAGGACCUCCAAGCUCUCCUGCAGGAGAAGGAUGAUGUCAUAUCCCGGCUGGAGACACAGUUGGAGGAGCAGAAACAAAUCAGGGCCCAGGAUGCCAAGACUGUGGAGGAGAAGGCCGCCAAGAUUAAAGAGUGGGUGAUGCUGAAGCUGUGUGAGUUUGAGGUGGAGAAUGCUGCUCUCAGAGAGACCAACAUUCAGCAGGAGUCUCAGAUACAGGAGCUUCACAGACAGAUGCAGGCCCUGGAGCAGAAAAGAGGAGCUGGUGUUCGGUCCAAGCCCGGUGAGGCCCAACGUCUCAGUAGCCUGACAUUUGGCUGUUUCCAGGUACGAGGGAAAAACCCCCAGGUUCUAACGGGCCCAGAGCCCGCCCAGAGGACCCUCAGCACCCAGGCCGAGGGAGAGAUUGAUGGGGAGGACAAAGCCGAUAACAUCACCAACCAGACGCAAGCGUCCUCGGGAAAAGAGAAUGGUGUCCAGAGACUGGAUGUUAGGUCGGGGGAGGGUAACGGGGCCGGGGGCUGUCACUGUGUGUCCUCCACCACUGUAUCGGAGGGAGACGGGGGAGGUGAAGGGGGUGCGUGCGGGCCACCGUACAGUCGUCCCGGCAGUGACACUUACCUCACGGCGUCCGACGACAGCAGCUCUAUGUUCGAUGACGAAAUGGAGCGCACCAAGCGGCCCCACUUCCAGGCGCUGGGGGAGGAGGGCAUCCAGGGGAGGAAACCAGGGGACUGCUCUUCGGAGGAACUUAACGAACGCUUCCAGUCCCAAAGUCUAGACUCCUCCUCGUCUUCGAGUGACCCCUCCAACACCCCCAGCCCGGUCCUCACCCCCGCCCUCAACCCCAAACGUCCCACUCCCAACCAGGACUCCGGAGACACCCCCGCAUCCCCCAAGCAGCCCCGUCUGCGGAACCCGCCAGGGUUUGGCGUGAUGAGCGUGGCCCUGGCCAGGAGGCAUCUUAGCCAGCCGCCGGUCAGCACGGAGGCGGCUCACGGGCACACGCGCAACGCCAUCAGCAUGCUCCGCCCCCUCAGGCCCCAGGAGACCGACCUGGAUCGGGAGCAUGAGGUCGGCAUGGAGACGGGUAGGGACACGCCCCCGCCUCCGGCCGCCGAGGCAACGUCGCCGACCCCAGCGGGCUCGCCCUGCACUGACACAGAGGCCUCCGCCAUCAGGUCAGGGAGCGAGCCGCCCACCCCCCCGCUGCACAGGUUCCCCUCCUGGGAAAGCCGCAUAUACGCGGUGGCCAAAUCAGGCAUCAGGCUGUCAGAGACUUCAUGCGCCGACCAGACCAGCAAGGACUCCUCGCUGCAGUCCUCGUAUUCGGCUUACAUGCUCUACAACUCCCUCAUCUAUAAGGACAUGAGCACGCCUGUAUACACCACGCUGAAGGGGAAAGCCACUCUGCUGAGCAGCAGUCCAUUGUCAGAGGAGUCAUCCAGUUCAGAAGAGUCAUCCAGUUCAGGAGAGGAGGAUGAAUCUGUCUGUGGCUCACACACCUCUGGAUCCAGCUCCCGCAAGGACAGCAGCACCGGCAGCCCAGGCAGCCCCCGCUCCCUAAAGAGAGCCGUGUCCAUGUCGUCCAUGACUUCAGAGAGUGAUUACGCCAUUCCUCCUGAUGCCUACUCUACCGACACUGAGUGUUCUGAGCCGGAACAGAAACUUCCCAAGACCUGCUCCAGCAUCAGUGACAAUGGCAAGAGUGAGCCCAUGGAAAAGUCAGGUUACCUCCUAAAGAUGGUUAAGACCUGGAAGAAGACUUGGAAAAGACGCUGGUUCGUCCUCAAAGACGGAGAACUGCUCUACUACAAGUCACCGAGUGAUGUCAUCCGGAGACCACAAGGUCAGAUUGAGGUCAACGCCACAAGUAGUAUUGCCCGGGGUGACGGGAAGCAGGUACUCCAGAUUGUUUCAGGGAAGCGUGUGUACUAUCUGAAGGCAGACUCUCCCAACCUGCAGGAGGAGUGGCUGAGGGUUCUCCAGAGUGUUCUGAGGGUGAAGACUGCCAGCCCGCUCUUCACUCAGCCAGAGAUACGACCUGCCAUGAAGGGCCAUCUUAUCAAGGUGAAACAUGGCUAUUCCAAACGGGUGUGGUGUGCCCUCAUCGGUAAAACACUCUACUACUUCCGUUGUCAGGAAGACAAGUUCCCCCUUGGUCAGAUCAAGCUGUGGGAGGCUCGGGUGGAGGAGGUGGACAGGUCACGUGACUCGGACGAGGAGCUGAAAUCAGGUGGGAGGGGCUUACAGGCCACGCCCCACACCAUAGCUGUCCAUCCCCAGGAACAGGGACCUGCUUACCUGCUCAUUGAAUCCCGACACGAGAAGGAAGCUUGGCUGUUUCAUCUGUCGAUGGCAGCGGGCGCCGGCGUGGGCACGGUGGGCACAGAGUUCGAGCAGCUGGUGGGCAAACUGCUCAACAUUGAGGGAGAACCAAACUGUCAGACCUGGAGACACCCCGCGCUGUGUUUCAGUAAAGAGGGACUUUCCUCUCCUCUCACCACCCUGCCAUCUCAGGCCUUGCAGACGGAGGCCAUCAAGCUUUUUAAGACAUGCCAGCUCUUCAUCAACGUGGCCAUCGAUGCCCCGGCCAUCGACUACCACGUGUCCCUGGCCCAGAGUGCCUUGCAGGUGUGCCUGACCCACCCGGAGCUUCAGAACGAGUUCUUCUGUCAGCUCAUCAAGCAGACACGCAGGCGACAGCCCCAUGGGCAGCCCGGGCCCUUGCAGGGCUGGCAGUUCCUGGCUCUGUGUGUGGGUCUCUUUCUGCCCCAGCACCCCUUCCUGUGGCUGUUGCAGGUGCACCUUAAGAGGCAUGCAGACUCCAGGACAGAGGUGGGUAAGUACGCCAUCUACUGCCAACGGUCGGUAGAGCGGACACAGCAGAAGGGCGAGCGUCAGGCACGGCCUUCCCGUAUGGAAAUCCUGUCCAUCCUCCUGAGGAACCCUUACCAUCACUCCCUGCCCUUCAGUGUGCCUGUUCACUUCCUGAACAACACGUACCAGGUGGUGAGCUUCGACGCCUCCACCACUGUGGACGAGUUCCAGUGCCGACUUAACCAGGACAUAGGCAUGAGGAAAACAGGCCUACUAGGUUUCAGCCUGUACACGGACGACCCUACUGGACGAGAAGUGGAGCAUUGUCUACACAGGGCCAUCAAGAUCUGUGACAUCAUCUCCAAAUGGGAGCAGGCAUCUAAGGAGCAACACACAGGCAAGUCUGAGAACAGCAGGACUGUAAGACUCACCUACAAGAACAGAUUGUAUUUCUCUCCUCAGGUGCGUGGUGAGUCAGAGAGGGAGAGACUCCUUCUAGCCUACCAGACCAACGAGGCCAUUGUCGCAGGACACUUCCCGGUCAACAAGGAGCUGGCUCUGGAGAUGUCUGCCCUGCUGGCCCAGGUGGAAUUUGGGGAUUUUGAGCGUCCGUUCUCCACCCCCGCCAGCCCCAACUCAGCCCAGACCAAGUCCAACCAGACACUGAAGCAGGUGCUGGAGAGGUUCUACCCCAAACAUUACCGCAGGAUGGCCACUGAGGAGCAGCUCAGGCAACUGCGCCAACGUCUGUCCAACCGAUGGGCAUCACUGAGGGGUCGAAGUUCAUCCGAGUGUAUACGAAUCUACCUGACCGUGGCAAGGAAAUGGCCUUUCUUCGGGGCCAAGCUGUAUGAAGCCGAGUCCGUCACGCCGUCUCCGGAGACAAGUGCCCGCCUGUGGCUGGCAGUCCAUGAGGAUGGCAUCAGCGUGCUGGAGCACAACUCCAUCAAGCUGCUGGUGUCCCACCCUUAUAAAAACCUGAUGACGUUUGGGGGGUUCAGGCAGGACUUUAUGCUGGUGGUCAGCCGGAGCAUCGGAAGUAAUGCUACCAAAGACAGACCCACGGAGAAACACCUGUACGCUAUGGCCUCCUCCCAGAUCAGGGAGAUCACCCUUCUCAUCUCCUGCUACAUCAACAGCGCCCAUCAGCAGAAAGCUGCCGCCCACCAUCUCUCUGCCCCUGCUUUACUGGUAGCUCAGCCUGUCAAUCUCAAAAGCAAAGAGCUAAGGAGCCAAUCACCACCAGCGACAGGUAGACCUAGCAAGGCACCUACUCUGCUGUGAUCACCUCCCUAGAGACUGCAAGCACAGACUUAUUUGUGGUCAGGUGAGCAGCAACUUAUAUGGAACCAGGGUUCUCUUCAGUUGGUACAAAAUGGAGGGAAACCCGGGAGGUACAAUCUUAACCUGUCCAAUAAUAAAUAGCCUUUCCAUUUUUCAGUUGCAAAACACUUUGCUACUUUGUUCCUUAAUGAAUGCCACCCAGUCUCAUGUCUGAUAACAGGGGACUGACGGACUUCAGUGAAGAGAAUCAUGACAUGGUACCUUGGUUACAUGGUACUAUGUUAAUAUCUGUGUAUUUUUAUUAAUAAUAAUAAUAAUAUGUCUAAUCCCAGGAAGCUUUCAUUUAUUCAGCUGUUGUUUUUUCUGUUCUAGCACCAAAGAGCAUUGUCAGUGUUAUUUAUUUACAGACAGCCUCCAAUGCCUUCCAUGGAUUAAGCUUUUAAUUACCUUGUAUUGCUGGUUUAAUAUUCUCUGUAACUUUGUAGAUACAUUGUAUUUCCUUUUUAAUGUUUACCUCUGUAUCAUUUUAUUAAUAACUGAUUUACUAUUUCCUAAAAUGGCAGUUUCAAGAGAAGAGCAUUAUGUUAUUUAUGGUUGUGAAAUAAGUUAAAGGAAACCGAAUAAUGACAAGAAAGGGCCAGUCCAUAGUUCAAAUAAUAAGAGUUCACCCCACCACUUGUUUUGGAAUUCAACUGAGAAAUGGAAAUAGAAUCAAAUCACAAAAGUAUUAUGGAUACGAGGGCUGACCUUCCUGGAAAUCAACAUGAUUGUAUAACCGUGCUUUGAAACUAUUUGUGAUUUAUUUUUAAGGUACAUUCUGUAAUGGAAGUGACUUGUGUACUGGUAGUGUAUGUGGUACAGUUGAGUAUUCAGGAAGACCAUUCUCUCCUAGUUUUUCAUGAUUGCUAACAAGCAUCAGUCAAUACUGUAGUCACAUUGUCUAAACUCUUCACACAGUCAAUGAAAGAGAUGUGUAUGUGGACCAAACUGUGAAAAAAUUGUCAUUGCCUUCACACAAAAUGCAUUCAAUGAACACAUUCUCCAAAAUCCGUGAACUCUUUUCUCAUUCAUACUCCACUACCUGCAAAACAAUAUAUUCGCAAAUGUUUGUUUUUUUAAAUGCUUACACACUGUUCCCAAAACUGUUAAAAACAAAUUCAAAACAGAAUGAUAGCAACUGGAGUGCAUUUCUGCAGUAACCACAUGGAAAUAUAUAGAAAAUGUUAGCAGAAUAUUUAUUUAUUUUUGCAAUCGCUAGGACCCAUUUCGCAAUACAGUGAGCACAACAGCAGUCCAUAUGGGCUAAACUGUGCAUAAUUCUUCAUUGCUUUGGCACAAAAUGCAUUCAAUAAUUACAUCUCAAAUUACAUGAAUUAUUUUCUCACUCAGACACAACCACCACCAAAACUCUAUGUACCUACAGUACAGUCCAAUUUGCACAUGUUUACAUAUUCUUUUCAAAACUGUUAAACUUUAGUUCAAAACCUAACUUAACACAAAAUGUAAUAAGACAGCAAUUUGCUACAUUUCCACAGCAAUACUGUAUUGAAAUGCAUUCCAUAUCUGAAAAAUGAAAUACUAUCGAAACAACUAGAACAACCUCAGCUGAUUCCCAUUGUAGCUGAACACCUACCCAUAUGUCACGUCUUUCAAUAUUAUUACCAUCUAUACAAAAGGGUACAUCUGAGGAAUAACUUUGUACUGUAAUGCAAACAUGGACCCAGCCAGAGAUAGAGAAGUGGUUGACAGAGGAAGAAGAGCGGCUGGGAGAGGGAGGGGAGAACGCAUGUGUGGUGGAAGAAGACUGAGAGGAAGAUCAAGAGCUGUAGUCUCAGAUUCGGCCUACUAUAGUAUAUAUGAUCAAAUGUCCCUCCUGGACGCAAUGAAUGGACAUACUGCAGAGGAUUGCUAGGGAUGGACAAGUCAUGUCAAAAGAUUACUUCCUAGGUGUAUUGCCCAAGAGGACAUAAGAUGUGAUGUGGAUGAGAACCUGUGACCGAAUGCAGGGUUGACAAGCUUGGCUACUGAAUCUGUAUUAGUAGAUGAUGUUUAUACAAAUUAUUGUAUUUUGGAAUCACUCAAUGCCAUAAAAUUCCAUAAAACAUAUUAAAGCAUAUUGCAUCA